AUGGCAAACUGUUUUCAUGUCGGAAGAAGAUUCAAACGCCUCUUAGGUCAGCAUUGCUCCUUGUUACCGGCUCAGAACCUGGCCUAUAAAAGUACAUCAUGUAGCCAAGGUCUGCCUGCAGGGCACCGUGUGGCCGUGAGCAGAAAUGCGAGGGAAUUGCCUGUGGCAGUUAGGCGGAAAAAAGAAAAGAAAGCACAGACAGCAGCAACUCCAAACGGACAGAGUCCCCAAACUGGAAAUACGCAACUCACAAAUGAAAAGCAUGCAGAGAGAAAACCCAUUAAUGCUAUUAUUAUAAAUUCAGUAUCCGAAUUCAGUAUCACAGAUGGACCAGCCCAGGAAAGCCCCAAUGAGAAGAACCUGUCAGGAUCGAGCUCUUCACUCUCCUCCCUCGAAGAAUGCCAAACGAAAUUUCCCUACCUCCAAACUAAUACUUCAGUUCAUCAGAGAGAUGCGGAUGAGGAGUGUGCCUCCCUGAUCCUCACCUGUCUCUUUUGCCAAUUCUUGGACUGCCUCCUCAUGCUCCCUGACACAUGUGAAACGGUAUGCAUCAACCUGUGCUGCCCCUCUCACAGGUACUACUCCGCCUCAGAUGAGAGCCAUCCACGCAAUGAUUGCAACUUGACCUGUGACAUGGACUGCAGCCUCUUUGAAUCCUGCCACGAGACCAGCGAGUGCCUGGAGCUGGCCAUGGAGAUAUCAGAAAUCUGUUACCGCUAGUGCAGGGCGAGAGGAGCACAUGGGCGGUCGGUCCUGUUGGCCACAGUGGGGAAUUCUAUUACAUGGCAUCUGAGAUAAGAGCUCCAUGUGCCCAAAUGCAAGGACCAUACAUGUUUCUUGGAUGCUCUAGGCCAUUUUAUGCUGCACCUGCCUGGGAAAGCUACUACUGUCA